AUGCUAGAGUCUGUGAUCAAGGAGUACAAUAUCAAGCCUAAAAGCAUCUAUAAUAUGGACAAGAAGAGAAUUCAACUUGGGGUUGCUGGGGGCAUUGCAGUUGUGGUCAACUGGGAUCAGAAAUCUAUUCAGACUAUUGCUAACAGAAAUCGUGAACUGGUGACAAUCAUUGAAUGCAUCAGCGCUGAUGGUGAGGCCAUGAAUCUGUUGAUAAGCUGGCUAUCAGACCUGCUCUGCACCACCUCUAGAAGCCCACUAAUUUUGUGCUUUCAGAGAUUACCCUUGUUCCUACUUGGUGCAUCUGGUCACAGUGGUCAGUGUUGUGUUCAGCAGGAUGUAAGGACUCAGUGUCUAGCUGGUAUCCUUGGUAUAGCGCCAGGACAAGGGAGGCACUGGGGUCACUGCUGUGGGACAGUUCUAUCAGUUGUGCCAGACUGA